AUUCUGCGAAUCUUGGUCAAGGAGGAAGGUUGCGUUUAAAGCUAUGUCUUUGAGAAGGAUAGAGGACACACCCAUGCAUAUAUGGCCGAACGGAAUAGAUGUUUUCACGUUAAUUAUAUCGAUAAUACUAAUUGUGGUCGUAUUGCUUAUGAUUUACUGGAUGGGAAUGCUGUGUUAUCGUACAUUCAGAACAGAAAUGAUUACUAGUGGCGCAGCAGCUACAUCAGUAGAAGAGCCCUCAACAGAAACUCCCACUCUUGUAAGAGAAAUGCGAUACUUAGGCGAAGCUGAUCGGAGUGAAUCGACGCCUUUGGACUGGAAAAUUGAAAGGCCAAAACAUUUGCGUUCAGAGCGUCGAACACGCCCUUCAUCCAGGCAUGAAACACCAAAGCGGCCAAGGCAACCCAUAUUGUCGGAUAUAGCAGUGGGCAAGACUAUAAACAUUAAUGACGCUGAAAAAGGCAUACUCCCACGAAAGAAUGACGAUGCAGAAAAACUUGAAUCUCGGCCGGUUCUGAAUGUUAUUUGGGAACCAUCACAAGGAGAUUAUGCGAUGGAAUACGCACAGGAAAAGGGAGCAGUCCCAAAAAUACACAAGAGGCAAUUAAUAUCAGCCACACCAAUUUUAGUAAAGAAACGAGGUGCAGCAGGACAUGAACAAACCACUGAGCCUGUUCUCGUAAAACUUUACUAUGAACCUGGAGAAGGAGAAGAUGUGGAAAUCCCUACAAUACCCCUCUCAAAAACGAAACAAGAAUAUUCUGCCCCCGGCCCUGUGCCAUCUGUCAGCUCAAAAACUACAAGGACACGAACCCGAGUUUUUGAGCCCAGUCCCGGUUAUACAAAGAAAGUCACCGAAACGCUUACUAUUGAAAAAGAAGUAACAAGAACACCUGGAAAAGAUGAGGCCGAAGGACAUGGAGAACCUGAACGUACGCCAGUAGAGGAAGGAGGUAACACAGACCAGAAUGCAGCAACAUCUCCAGAAAUGUCCAAAGAGAAGAAGAAAAGACUUGGAAAGGUUCUAGCACUUUCUUCUGAAACAAUCGGUGAAGAAAUAAAGAGGAAGACUCCAAAACCAGGACGACGCAGUAGAAUGUACGCUGUGAAGGUUCCACAAGUGCCUCCACCGUGUCCAAGCGAACCCGUGAUACUCAUGACUCCAGACGUCACUCAAGAUUAUACAUCUCCUGUCCGUUCCAAGGAACGGGUUAUUACCAAAAUGAAACCCCUCAAAUCAAAUCUACACAAAAAUCCGGACCACCGACGGCGUAAUAAUUUCAAAACGAAAACGAAUGACUUGCAAAAAGGAUACUGA